AUGAGGCUUCCACGGAGAGUACCCUGGGGUUCGCUGGACGACCUUAAUCAGGUUUGCAUCUGGAUUUACUACGACGACUCUGAGGAAUCGAAAAUCUUGGCCAUUCAAACGCUGUCAGCAUGGAAGGCCACGACCGCCCUACCGCACGCAUUGGACUCGACAUUAGCCCUGCUGGCCGUGACACAGCAAGAUAACUCACAAACGAACUCAUCUUCGUAUCUGUCCUUGCGCCAGAGCUACGCAGCAGCUUUGAUUAGACUUGUGAAUGGACUUGUGGAUCCCCUACAACUCGGAGUGUACGCCAGGUCUAUAGCUGCAAUAGCUGCGCAGCUGGGCUUGCCCGCAUGGUUAGUAGAGCUGAGGCAUGCUGCAACGCAUGAAGAUCUACCAAGUCUUGAGCUCUUACGACAGGCUUCCAGAGAAUCUUUGACAUGGCUGCUCAACAACUACUUCCUCCCGAUACUGAACCACUCGACAUCUGCGGAACCUCAACCAAAAACUCUUCCUCCCCUUCUACCACUACUUAAACGCUACAAAACACUCGUAAAAGCAACGUUGCGCGAUGCGUCGCUGCGCACUCGGUAUAAGGCGAAUUUAUCGACCGUCCUGAAAGAAAUUGAAGGGUGGAUAGCGGAUGCAAAGGUUGCAGCGAAUAUCGCGAUCGGAGGAAUUGACUGGAGCGAGACUGCAGAGGAUGAAGACCCUCGGGAGAAAUGGGCACUGGAUAGGCUGAGCGACGUACUUCUGCUCAAAAGCGUGCUCGUUCCACUUUCGAAGAAGAAAAGAGUCUUCCCAGAGGAUACAUUUUACCCGCCCGUGUCUUCCAUCUCCCUAUGGACACCAUUAUUGGCACAUCUAUUCCAGUACCAUGCUGAUCUGCCCCGUGUAUUGUGCGAAAGGACCGCAUCAUUUCUCGUCUCAGGCGACACAAGAUCAAGCACUUCACAUAGCCUGUGUCUCGCCCGCUGGGCGGCUUGGAUCGUGGAUAAUAAUAAUGGAACUUCCGAUGGCCGUCAGGAUUCCGGUUUGCGAAGAGACAUUAUAGCUAUUUUGCUUCAGGCCAUAAUGCCUGGCGCAGGGACCGACAGGGCGACGAAACCCAUUUUCGCACUUCUCCAAACUCUGUGUGAAGGUGAUCAAGAUCUGGUAGACACGUACUCUGCACUCAGUGAGCGCGCCCGCCUACCUCCGAAUGAGUGGCGUCCUGAUGAUCUCGAGGUCAUGGCGCAUCGUCUUGACACCCUGACCUCGGUCGACGACACAUACGAUGGCAGUGCUUCUUCCUUGCGCGCCGGUGCACAGACGGCUGCACCGGUGAAAGAAGGGACGACUUCGGCGAACGCGGCAGCGGGUUGGAGGAUUCUAGAUGAGCGCAGUAAAUGGAAGCCCACUCCAAUCGGUGUAUACUGCCCCCCAUCGUGA